GUGGUGUUUGCUUAUUGGCACUGGAACGUAUCUAAUUGAUGCUAUAGUUGACGACGCUGUUCGCAUCGAAGUGUAGAUGGUAUUGCUAAAUGAUGGAAACGGACUGGUUCUUCGGCAACGCUUAGUACCUGUAUAGACCGGUGCACAAUUCUCAAACUAUACCCACAGAACACCAAUAUAUACCGCAGUCAGUUAAAUAACCGCAGAGUUUACCUUCAAAAUUCCAAAGAUUCAUAUAAUUGUGUGUACUGUGUACACUUUACAGAGAAGUCUGGUUGUUGUCAUGUGUGAAGUUAUUAUUGGUUUUUCAUAUUGAAGCUUCUAAUGAUGCAUAUUUUUUGUUUCACGUUUUUGACAGAUGUAAUGUCAGCAUCUGCCUCGGACUCGUCAUGCAGUCAAUUUGAACAGAAUUCUUUCUGUGAUUUGACGUGAGGUUUCAAAUAAUGCAGGACAUUACAAUAUUUGUUUGUAGGCCAUCAUAUAAACAAAUAUGAACUCGAUAAGUAUUGAUAUUGAUGGAACGGUGUCCGAUUUUAGGACAUCUAAAUCUGACAGUUCCUGCCUGAAAAUAAAUUCCGUGAACAGUGCUGGCUAUCUAUAUAAUUGCUGCUUGCUACUGAUCACUGUAAUUGUUUUAAGCAUAAUUCUAUUUGAAUUCAAAGAAUAUGUUAGAGCAUUGCUAAUGUGGGUUGAGUCACAAGAUCAAGUUGUUAUAUACUUAAUUUUUACUGUGCUGUUCGUUCUAGUUUCCUUCCCAUUCACUUGGGGGUACACAGUUCUUGUUUUCGCUACAGGUUACGUUUUCGGAAUAAUUAGAGGGCUAGUAACAGUUUUAUUCGCAGCAAACAUUGGUGUAGUUGUCGCACAUUUUGGAGUUAGACUUGUACACUAUAAAUUUCCAUUAACAAAGCUUAUCCAGAAUGACAAAAUUCAAGCUGUGCUCUCUGUGAUAUCGGGAUCUAAAGCAUUUAGAGUUGCAGCCUUUUCUCGCUUGACCCCAGUGCCUUUCGGAGUACAGAAUUUAAUAUUUGCAGUCAGCAAUAUUAAUACGAGAAUAUAUUUCAUAGCAUCUUUUAUUGGUAUGAUACCAGCCCAAGUCAUAAAUGUGUAUCUGGGAAGCUCAUUGAGAUCAAUGGAGGAAGUUUUGUCCCACAAAUCAACAGCCACCACAGCUAUCAUUGUGUUUUUUCAAAUCACGGUUGGUGUGUGCCUCAUGGCUUAUGUAUUGACAAAAGCUCGUCAAGAGUUAAGGAAAGCACUAUAUAGUACAUCGUAUAGUCAGGUGGCAUGAUUCUUGUUAGUUACCAUUGACACACAUGGUACAUUACACCACAGCACUGAAAUCAAAUUUUUGAAAGACAUAAUCAGUAUUGUUUUAUAUUUAUUGAUUUAGAACUGCUUUUUGCUUAGUUUUAAUACAGAACGAAUCAGUCAUUUCAAUCUUUCUGUUGUAUAAUUUUCUAUUUCUUUUUUAUUUAUUUUGCCAUUAAAUGUCACACUUUGGUUAUUUAUAUGUAAACUAUGGGGAUAUUGAAAAAGUAUAGUUUUACAUGAAUAGCUUGUAUAUAUAUUCACUACGUCUGUGUUUUCACAGAAACUUGUUAUAAACUGAAUGCUGUUAAAUCUGUACCUACUCAUUGCACUACAUGACGAUUGGUCAGACACUGAUGACACUUUUAUUUUCAGUUAAUGUUUCAGGCAGCUUGCUGAUUGAAAUAUUUUAAGGGCUGUGAUUGUGCCAAAGAUAGGUCAGGUAUUAAUUACAUCCGAGAAAACAUUUUUUGUGUAUGUUUACUUACACAAAUAU